GAUACAAUACAUGCUUGGAGAAAGGAAGUCCUGGAAAAGAAAAGAUGAUGGCUUCUUCUUUAGGAAGAAGUGCAACGAAGGUCGCUCCCCAUGUGAGCAUGAUCUUUGUUCAGGUCAUCUCAGCAUCUUACAUAGUGAUGAGCAAGGUGAUACUCGUACAAGGAAUAAGCUCCACUGUAUUUCUCGUCUACCAGUUCAUACUAGCCACGGUCUGCAUGGCAGUACCAGCAUUCGUCUUUGAAAGGAAUGGGCCUCCUCUCUCCAAAUCCGUUUUGGGCUGGAUUUUUCUCCUUGCUUUGAUUGGGAUAACUUUGACACAAAACCUAUUAGCAGCUUGCUUGUACUACAUCUCAAGUACAGUUGAAGCUGCGGUUCUCAACAUGAUCCCUGCAUUCACCUACAUCAUAUCUAUCAGCUCAAGGGAAGAGAAGCUUGAAAUCAACACCUUGUGGGGGAAGGGCAAGCUGUUUGGGACCCUUUUAUCUGUAUCAGGUGCUUUGAGUAUCAUGUUAUGGAAAGGCCCAGCUGUUCACCUCACAACUACAAGCUCUCUCCUCACGACUACAAGCUUGGGAGAAUCGGUGCUUGGGUUGGUUAUGCUGGUUGUUGGGGUUCUUGGUUUGAGCACAUGGAUCUUGCUUCUGAGGCCGGUGAUGAAAAGGUACCCAGCUGAGUUGUCUAUGACCGCGAUCAUGUUUUUCUUUGCAACACUACAAACAGCCGCAGUAGCUGCAAUUACAAGCCGCAAGGCCUCACAAUGGCGGCUUAAGUGGGAUUUAGAGCUCUUAAACAUCUUCUUUGGAGCAAUAUUCAACAGCGGGCUAUCAAAUCUCCUCAUUACAUGGUGUGCAUCCAGAAAGGGGCCCAUCUUCGUGGCCUCAUUCCCACCGCUGGGAUUGGUAUUCACCACCAUCCUGGAGAUUGUAUGUCUAGGUGACACGUUGCGCAUCUCAAGUGUUGUUGGAUCGAUUAUGAUCGUAGUGGGGCUUUACAUUUAUCUAUGGUCCAAGGUUAAAGAAGAAGCGACCUACUUGAUGAUCGACGGAGAUGAUGAUGACAUCACCACUUUAUUAAUCUCGAACCAUAGCUCAUGAAGCUAAUCUCUAGUUUUUGGAUGAGUUCGGUUGUUUUGGAGAAGGAUUGUUACCAAUAACGUUUAAAAAUUUCUCCACACAAGGAUAUAUACGAAAUAUAACAAAAUUCAUCUGUUUUAGUUUUAAUUAGUACAAAUGAUUUGCAUCCCUUAGGGUCAUCAAGGGGCGGGGUUGGACCAUCCGGCUUUUUGAACUAGCCAACUUUGUGCUGGGCUGUGACUGAAAUAUGAGGCCACUGGGCUAGAAAUGGGCCUGAAAUUGAAAUCUGUUUAGUUAAGCUGGGCUUGGGUUAUGUCUAAAAACUCAUCACCCUGGCUUGGCCCAUUGGGUUA